UUGACAUGUCAUUGUUGUCAUUUAUGUCAACAAAAGGCUUGAAUCUUGAAUGUAGACGGAAAGUAGCGUACGUAGUGUACGUUGUGUAUUGUAUUAUGCGUGUGCGUGAUUGUGAUUGUAUUGUACAAUAAUUGUAGUUGCAUUUAAGACGAAUAGAAGAUGUUUAAUUUACUUAUAAGGUUUAAAAAUACGUGUUUUUCAAAGCAUUUAUCACUUUAAACAUUGCUUACAAUGUUUAGCAAAAAAUCUCAUUUGGAUGUCAAGAAAUCCACAGUUAAAAUUCAAGAUCCUAAAAAAGACUUGACAACUAGAUUAAAACAUUUAAAGAUUAUUUUGGAUAAUGUAGAUGUGUUGGAAGCCAAAGGAAUAUUUGAAGCCAACUUUAGUCAUAUAUAUCAUAUCCUGUAUGAUAGUUUUAUUGAAGCAGAAAACCAUCUUCGUCAAAGAGAACUAUCCUUUCAUUUGGUACACAAAGCUCACAAAGAGGAACUCGAAAAUGCGCUGUGGGUUCUGGAAAACGUUCUUUCUUUACUUCCCGAGCUUCUUCAUAAAAGAUGGCAACUUCACUCUUUAAGUCGCAUUCUGGGCAAACUAUUACACCCAGGAAACUCAAUCAGAGUACGUAGACAAGCUGUACGCUACUUCCUAAUGUGGUAUCAGGCGUUGGGUGAGAACGCUCCAGAGUACAUUCACAAAACGUAUUCGAGUUUGGUACCUAAUUUUGGACAAGAGAAACAAGACGUUACUGCCCAAAUUGGAAGCAGCAUAUUCCAUGAUACAAGUGCUCAAAACCCUGUUACCAGUUUUGAACUGUUGCCUAUUUUGCCGCCAUCUGGGGCCGAGAAAUUACCCGACCAACCUAGCAAAUUGUUUUUGGAAACUUUACUAGAAUACAUGGUCACAACAGUGGUUAAAUUGGAAUGGCAUGAUAAAUUAUCUAGGCAACAUAGAUGCUUUAGUUUCUUAUUGGAACAAUUCAAAAUUUAUUAUCUACCAAAAUUGUGUCCAAAUUUCUGUUACGGGACGUCUAUAUACAGUCCCAAUUUAGAUUUACCAGUUCUAAGGAAACCCGAAGCAGAUAAUGAAUUUGUAGCUUGCCGCGUUUCUUUAAUAAAAUGGGUCGCAAAUCAUAUGCAUCAACUUAAGAAGCCCACAGAUUCCAGUUUGCCCUCUUUGGGUAAUGUUUCUAAUAGCGGCACUCAGGUUUCUAUUCACCAGCCUGCCGUGGCGCACGAAGAACCCCAGCACGAUUCGGCACAUCCUAGUCUUGAUUCAACAAUAUCAGUCCAAACGGUAAGAGUAGCAAAUGAUGAAGAAUUAGCAAGUCAAAUAGUACGCGACAUCUUGUACAGUUCUCGAGAAAACGUCAACUUUAUUCACGAAAUAUAUCGGCAGGCUUUUUUGCUUAAUUUUAAUCACGCGGUGGCUAUUAGACGUACAAUAGCGGUAUACAAAGACAUCAUACAAUUAAAUCUAUCUGAGCUGCCCCCAUAUGCCCUGGAGUUACCUGACGAGAUACCCAGAGUGCUGGAGGACAGCCCUUGUGAAAACAGCAGACCUAUUCGUUUAAGAAACGAUUCGUAUUUGGGCGCAAUCCAUAAAGAAAAUCUCAUUAUUCGGGCUGGAUUACAGAAUGUUCUUCAAGUUUUCGUUUCACACGCCGCAAACGUAUUUCUGUCGGAGGUUUCUCCUCAUUUCCCUUCUCUUCUAGAAGAACAAACGGAUGCUUGUAAGAGAGUUUUAAAUAUCUACCGUUACAUGGUCAUGCAUACCCGCAUGGAUAGUAAUACAUGGGAACAGCUUUUACUAACAUUACUGCAAAUAACGUCGCUAGUUUUGAGUGAGAACCCGCCAAAAAGGAAGGGACAAACUUUGGGGGUCAAGUUAGCACCUGCAAUUUUUCAGACCCUAAUUGUUACGUGGAUUAAAGCAAAUCUAAAUGUAACGAUUUCACGUGAACUGUGGGAUAGAUUUUUGCAUGUUUUAACAUCCCUCACAAAUUGGGAAGAACUUAUCAAAGAGUGGGCGAAAACGCUAGAGACUUUAACAAGAGUUUUGGCUAGGCAUGUUUAUAAUUUGGAUCUGACAGAUUUGCCACUAGAUCGUUUGUCUGAACAGAAGACGAAAAAAACACGAAGGGGAACUGGCAGACAAGAGGGUAGCACUCCUUGUAGUACAGCAGGCAUUGAAACAGCCACUUCUCGAAUCAGUAAUAACGACAUAAGUAUCCCAGAUACACGUGGGGGGGUUCAAAAUACCAUCAGAAAUGGACUUUCGAGAAGUUACAGUGAAACAAAUUUGGCUGUUAAACGGAGAUCCCCUCUUAAAUCUCAGAAGCCACAUAGAAGAUCUUAUUCUUUAGAUAAUUUACAUCCACUGGACUCGGAGUCAACGGAUCGUACACGAUCUCCCAGUCCAGCUCCAUCCAGUGGCCUGGAGAGUUCUUCUAUUAAAGAUUCGCCCAUUCAGUUGGACGUCUUGGCGCCAGAAAAUAGUGCUCAAGAAAUGAUGUUAGGAGACCAACCGAAAGGAGUAGUUUGUGGGGGUACCAUAAGAGGAUGGCUUCCUAACGUAGCUGUCAUUCUGUGGAAGAGGAUGUUAGGUGCUCUCGGUGACAUCAACCAGAUUUACGAACCCCGAUUGCAUGCUCAGGUGUUUGAGUAUUUAAUAAAGUUAACAGAAACUUUGAUAAAAAUUAAGCAGAAUCAGGGUGUUACAAUGGAUAAUCAAAGUACUCCACCGCCUCCAGAAUUGGUGCCGCCUCUUACGUUGGUGAUACCAUGGUGUUUUGAAGCAUUGACUUUGUCUAACGAGUAUGAAACCGGAAAACUGAGCGCUUUAAGAUUAUUAUGCACCGUUACUUUAAAUUGUGAUCCGCAGCACAGAAAUUAUUUGGCGCAGUUUUAUCAGUCCAUCCACAUAGCUCUUUGUGGAUCGUCAAGGUCUGCAAUGUACAUCGUUAUUAAGUAUCUAGGACCCCGUUUUCUGUCUUUACAAUUGCCCGGUUCGUCGCUGUUACUUUUAGACCUAAUCCACGCGUGUAAUAUAAUCUUAAACUCAUCUGAUGUGUCUCAGAGCGUUCCCAGAACCGAAGCUGUGUCUAUUUUAGCCAAUCUUCUAAGUUUGCCCAACGAUAUCGGUCAAAUUUCAGUUUUAAAACCAGAACCGUCUGUUCAAUUAAUGGCGUGUCCAGAUCUGAAAGAACGUUUAAUAACAAUAUUAUUAAGGUCUGGUAGAAAAGAACCAACAGGGAUCGCUAGAUGUUUUGCAUUAUCUGCAUUAGGCAUAUUUAUUUACAAGGAGUUUACCAACCAGUCUUUCCAUCCCAAAGUAGUCGACGCCCUUAAUGUACUACUUUUAGCACUUAAAAUUAACAACAAAACAAUCGCACAAUUGGCUUCAAAUAUUUUAUUUCUCUUAUGCGACUAUGGCCCGGUAUUGUGGACUCAUUACCCACAUAUGGGUGAUCGCAUAAUACGAACGCUAUGUUCAGUAUUGUUCUCGCACGCUCCAUCAGGUCCUACAGAUAAAGACUGCGACAAGGCCUUGUGUAUGAAUUUGCUAUUAUGCCUCGGAGAAUGGUGCAUGCGAUUAGGACCUGCGAGGCUUCUGGAAGUCCCUGAAUACGGCGAGAAAAGGAAUAUUUGUCUCCUAUCUUUAGUUUUUACUGUGUUGUAUAAGAUUAUUUCCGGAAGAAUCCUUUCGGAAAGCGAAGCUAUUUUAAAACAGUGGAGCAUGCCGAUAAAGGAGGAUUUUGAUUCAAACAUCAUUCUCGAUAACUUAAUGGAUAAGACGCCGGGUUCGUCUCCGUCCAAAAACGUCAAUUGUCAGCAGGCCGUGAUACUCUGUGCGAAAGCAGUUGCCGCCCAUUUGGUAAUACAUUUGGGACACUUUCCCAUGGCCAUCGGUGCCGCUCGUCUCAGUUCUCUGGUUGUUGAACACGAUGACGUUCCAAGUUUGGUAUCAGAUGAACUUUCUGGAGACAUUUUCUCAGCACCUAACAUACAGUUGUUUGUCUUAACUAAAAAUGUGGUUGCAAGUCUAGUCGAAUUGCCUGCAUUAGAAGUACCAGGUGGUGGGGCUACUGCGGGUUUCUCUACGGCAGAUAAACAAGUCCGUGUGCUUUUACGCGAUUUGUCAGGAAAAUCGAGUUGGGACGCUUCCAUACUCUAUCAAAGUCCUGACUCUAGACGAACCUCUGUGAUCAGUACGGAGCUUGCAGAGUGUGAUCGUCAAAGUUCGAUUGAAAGCAAAUGGGGGCCGGUCAGCCUUUUUCAACCCGAAAGUUUUAUCUUCAAUAAUUUUCAACCCCAUUUACCUCAACGUGCUGUCAGACACCGUCCUCCUAACGUUUUACCUGAUGUUUCAAACGCAGCUCCUGAUCUAGAUCAACUGGAUGAUUUGCUACAAUAUUUGGGUUAUACGAGUCCUGAGUGCCUUGAAAACGCUGAGCAAAAAUUAAACGAACCUGAUCUACCUCCCCUUUCAAUUGACAUCGAACAAGAAGCAAUAGCGUCGGUGAUAAGUCAGAGAAAUACAGAACAGGAUCAUUUCAAAUCAACGCAAAAUUUCGAAAUUAUAUCGGGAAAACGUUCGUCCACAUGUAUGGCGUAUGAAAUGCUAGCCGCUCAGACCCGAAUGGAGGUAAUUCUUCGAUCUGCAGACAGUCCAUCAUCGUUCCAACAGUGCCGAUUACUCUUUUCUCAGCUUGGACUCGCUACUUGGGAACGGAGAAAACGUUUGCACUUACUAAACAAGACUGAAAGGUUGCUAAGAGAGAUCAGAAACUUGGAUACGCAACGAUGUCGAGAAACGCACAAGAUUGCUGUUAUAUAUAUAGCCCCAGGCCAAGAAGAUAAGAACUCGAUUCUUUCAAAUCAAGGUGGUAGUGUAGAAUAUGAGCAGUUCUUGGCUUCGUUAGCUUGGGAAGUUGAACUGGAGGGUCACACUGGUUUCCUAGGAGGACUUCAGAAGCAGGGUUCCACUGGUCUCACUGCACCUUAUUACGCCACAAGCCUCUUGGAAGCUAUUUUUCACGUAGCCACGCGAAUGCCCGGAGAAACACCAGAAGCUGUACUCAAUAAAACCCGCCACUUGGGAAAUGACGAAGUUCACAUUGUAUGGUCGGAGCACAGUCGAGAUUAUCGUAGGGAUAUAAUCCCUACAGAGUUCUGCGACGUUUUGAUAGUCAUCUAUCCUCUAGGAAAUCAGCUAAACAGAGUGACAAUUACGUGUAAGGCAGAGGUAUCUUAUUUUGGUGUUCUAUUUAACGAAGCUAUCGUAAGUAGCAGCGUUCUUGCGGGAUUAGUAAGGGCAACCGUUGUAUUUGCCAGUCGAGCCAAGAGAACUACACUUCCAUUUUUCCAACAGUAUUAUGAAGAACGUGCUAGGUCUUUGGAAACUGUAGUUACAAAGCACAGAAACAGCACUACUUAUGAGGAUUUCAUAUCCCAGAUCUUCAAUCCCACAAUAGCUUUAAGUCCUUUUCGAACAACUGGCCGGACAAUCAGUGGCUCAGUUAAUAAUUCCAGUUGCUCUUCUAGUCAAUCGACGCUUGCAGCAGCACUAAUAGAUCCUCACGGACAAUCACAUAAGGGAGGACAUAAGAACGAACAUAAAUUUAACAGAGAUUCUAUGAAGGGUGUUUGGUUCAACAACGCCGAUGUGUCGCAGAACGUUGAAUCAACAAGUAUAUCUCCCAGACCUUUAAAGAAGCUUUCAACUAGUUUGAAGAGUGUUCCCCGUCGCCCUCUAAAACAAGACGUGUCUUCGGACUCACCUCCCGAAAGUCCAACGCAACUUAUUCAACGGAAAUGACACCAAUUGAUA